AUGGGUAAGACUGUGGCCGUGGUUGAAAAGCGAGGUCGUCUCGGCGGACACACCCAAACGUACACUGAUCCAGUAACUGGUGCCACGAUAGAUGUUGGCGUAGUUGUCUUCCACGAUUUAGACAUUGUGAAAAAAUACUUUGCUCGCUUCAAUAUAUCUUUGGUCACAGCAAACUCCAAUACGCCGGGCGUGGUCUCAGAAUAUUUUGAUUUCCGCACCGGGAAUAUUGACUCUGGCUACGCGCCCAGCGAUCCAACAGCUGCUCUUGCCGCGUACAGGAGGCAACUUGCAAAGUACCCGUACUUGAAACACGGAUUUGAUCUCCCUUAUCCUGUCCCAUCGGACCUGCUUCUUACGUUUGGCGACUUUGUUGCUAACGGAAAAAUCGAGGUCGAAGAAGGUAAUCUAACUGAACAGACGAUCCCAUCGACACCAUCCAGAUGGCCCGUAAUGAUCAUGAAUGCUGCCGUUUGA